AUGCGGGGCAUAUCCCAAGCACUGAGUGACGAGCCAAUCACAUCCCUCCACUUGUUACUAGGACAACAGCGUCUGUGGAACAAGUUCGUAGCGGGACAGCGGGGAGCAGGGAAGGAAUUGCCCCCGGGACAGGAUAGGAUCAUGUCUUCUUCAAGCUUCAGGGAUUUGCGCCCCCAAACCCGGGGGAUCACCUUUGCCGGACGACCGCAAUCUGCCUUGAGCCGAUCCUUGUCAAGGAGCAGCCGCUCAUCAGUCCAAUCUUCUCUUGUCUCCUCGGUGAAGUCGGUCCGAGACCCCACCCUCACCCCCCUUGAAAUAGAGGGGAUCAUCUACCGGAGGGUUAAUGAGAACGAAGAGGAUGUGACGAAUGCUUUCCUGACGCUGGACACGGAGCAGAACUUCACCGUUACACGAGGGGAAUUCUACAGGGUGCUUCAGAAUUUCAUCCUACCCCUGACAGAGUCCCAGUUUAAUGAGUUAUUAGAAAAGAUUCCCGUCAAUAACAACGGCACAAUCCCGUAUCUGGAUUUCCUGGCAAAGUUCCUGAGGACUUCUAGCAGCGCCACCUGUGCGAGGAGCGUAAAGAGGAGUUGGAGCUGCUCCCAAGCCAAUCAGGUGCUGAGUCUGAAUGAACUGGAGAUCCGUUUGAAAAACACGGUCUCAAAGAACCUGAAGAACGUGGUCCGGUCCUGUCGGCUCUUCGAUUACAACCAGAACGGGCAGAUCCAGAAGCAGGAGCUGCGCCGGAUCCUGGAGAACUGCUGCUUUAAGAUGAAGACGGCAGAAUUUGAAAAGCUAUGGAAUCGGUACUGUAUAGGCAAAAAGAACACACUCGACUACAGAGAACUCUUGCGAAAUCUCGGCGUUAAUGUGGAGCUUCACAACAAGCCAACGGCAGAGAAUGUUGCAAGCGCUCUAAACUGGGAGGCCGUUCAACGGGAGCAACAAAAAGAAAAGAACUGCCGACCGCCCCCUCCCCUGAAAGAGUUAAGCGCGGAGGAUUACACCAUCGAUGACAUAGAAGCGGCGCUCCGGAAAAAGAUUUCGGCUUCGUACCCCAACCUGGUGAAGGCUUUCCGGGCGUUUGAUGGAUCCCACUCCGGCUACGUGUCGGCUGAGGCCUUACAGUCAGUCAUUAAUAACUUUAUCUUCCCACUGCCCAAUGGGACCUUUCAGAAGUUAAUGAACAGAUUGGCCAUUAAAUGCACAGACAGGAUUGGCUGGGAGCAGUUCCUGAGGAGAUUCCAAGGGCCGGAGAGUAUGGCAAACGGGCAGACCAUCCCGAUGAAGCCGAAUCAUAGAGUUAAUCCGGUGAGGGGGGAAAGCCCAGUGGUUUCCAGUGAACACAUCCUUCAGAAGCUCCAGAGGCAUUUCCAGGACGCCUACCCUUCCCUGAAACAGGCCUUUCUGGUACUGGAUGAGGGGCGUAAAGGAAGGAUCAGCAGGAAGGAGCUGCGCCGAAUUGUGGACUGCAUGAUGUUUCGGGUCACAGACGCUCAGUUCAAGGAGCUUAUGAUCAUCCUCGAUCCACAGCACACGGGGUUCAUCAGUUACCUGCAGUUCCUCGACUUGUUUGAAGAUAAAGAGUCUGUUUCAGGCCAUAAAUGGCUCCAUAACAUGAGGACCCCCCUAAAGGAGACGCCUGUAACGCUGGAGUGGGAAAAGAUGGGGAACAUCCUCUGCGAGAAGAUUGAACACAACUGGGCCGACUUCUCCAAAGCAAUGAAGUCAUGUGACAGCGCCGGAUGCGGGAUGGUGGACAAGGAUCAGUUUAAAAGAAUCUUGCAGUCAUUCUGCCCCCCUCUGUCUGACAGGCACUAUAACAUGCUGUGUGAGCAGUACAAUGAUGGAGCCAAUGGAUAUAUCUCCUACAUGGAUUUUCUGCGAAAUGUGGGAGUUUGCACUUCCGCCGCUGGUGACUUUAAUGGUGUGAGUACUGAGAUUGUACAUGGAAGUCAGUUAAGAGAGGAGCUGAGACAGGAUGAUCUUUCUGCCAGGAUGAAGGAGAUUGAAAGCCAGGCCACACAGCUAGUGAAGAAGAUGCCAGUGGAGGAGGUAAUCGGGAAGCUGAAGGACUGUGUGAUCGGGCAGGAAUUCUCCCCCAGGGAAAGCUUUCUGGCCUUCGCCAAGCAGCACAAGGGGCGCAUCAGCAAGAAGGACUUCAGGAAAGUUCUACGGGAGCACGAGAUCCAUUUAGACGAAGAUCAGUUUAAGCGGCUCACCGAGAAACUGGGAUUCACAAAAGAAGAGCUCAGUUACUUGGACUUCGUUUCUUUAUUCGAAGACCCCACUGGAAACGGACCAGGAGCCGCUCUAGAUACUGGAUCGAACCAUCACGUGAACGACACUAAGUUCCACUACAUGUCGGCAGAGGACUGUCUGGCUCAGCUCCGGGAUAAACUGCAACAGGGAUACGGGGAUCUGUACUCUGCCUUCUACAAAAUAGACAGCAACCGCGAUGGUCUCGUUACCAUGCACGAUUUCCGCCACCUCCUCGAUAGUUUCAUGUUCAUCAUCAAACCGCAGGAGUUCCAGCGAUUGCUGGGUCUGCUGGGGCUCAAUUUGUCUUCUACCCUCAACUACAAGGAGUUUCUGCACCUCUUCCAGAAGCCGCAAAGCCCUGUGUAUCCGCCCUGGCUUCAGUCAUCCCACAGCCCGAAGCAGAGUAUGGGGGGUGAAGACCUGGCGUGUGAACAAGCUCAUUACUAUCUGGUCACCAAGGCCCAAGGCAGAUGGCACGACAUGGCCAAGACAUUCUGUGAGAUCGACAGUGAAGGAAACGGCAUCGUACAGAAGAAAGACCUGCGCAACGUCUUGUUCAGAUUUUACCUUCCCAUCCAUCCCAAGGAGUUUGAGAAGCUUUGGGGCCGGUAUGAUCCGGAAGGAAAGGGCUUUCUGACCCACAAUGAAUUCCUUGAGAAGCUCGGCAUCAGCUUUGCGUCCGGUGACAGCGGCCCAAGCAAACAGAUCACGGAGGACAAUCGGGCGUGCCUGGAGGGGCAUUACAACAACCAGCUGAAAAUCCAAGAGGAGAUGGACGCGUUCCACAAACACCAGACCAAGGCGCUGGAUAUGAAGGACAUAGAGCAGCAGAUCAAGGAUAAAUUCCGGGAUUAUUACCAUGAUUUCAGCGCAGCCUUCGCCAAGAUCGAUAGAAACAAGGACGGGCAGAUAUCCGUGCAUGACCUGCGCGCUAUGCUGCAGAGCCUAAACUUCCAUUUGGAUGAUGAGCAGUUUGCCAACCUACUGUACAGGCUGAGAAUCAAAGUGACGGACAACAAGCUGUCGUAUCCGGAUUUCCUGAGAAUGAUCGACGAUGGCAGAGCUUCUAAGUAUGGCCAAAGGCAGCGUCCGGUUUCGGCCGCAGAGACCCCCCCGAAACUGAGCCUGCAGAAGGUGCUGCUGAAAUUGAAAGAAGCCGUGGUGUCUUCACACGAUGCCCUGUAUAAGGCAUUCUCGUCGUUUGAUAGGGACGGCACGGGCACCAUAAAGGCCUCGGAAUUGCACCAAAUACUCGACAGCUUCUGCUUUAAACUCUCAGACCGGCAAUUUGGGUACCUUCUCAGCAAGCUGCCGCUCGGCGAGGAGCAGACAAUCGACUGGAAAGCCUUCCUGCACCAUUUUAGCACCUCCCACCCUGAGCCUUCUUCCUCCUGGGUGGAGAGAGUCCAACACGCCACCAGGCCCAGAUCCACUCAGGGGCUCACCAUGAAGGACAUUCUGAGCCACAUUCGGGAGGUGGUCACUGCUCGGUUCUACACGGUAGCCCAGGACUUCAUCAGCCUGGAUUACGCCAACAUCAACGCCGUGUCCAAGGAGGAUUUCCGAGAGCUUUUCAACAAGGAUUUUAUGCUCCUGACAGAUGAACAGUUCGAGAACCUGUGGAACACGCUGCCGCUCAACCCCUACGGAAACCUGAAAUACCAUGAGUUUUUGAGUCAGUUUGGCGGCGGCGACGCCCUGGUGUCUCCAUAUGAGAAGACGGCAGGGGACCAAUCGGAGUUCAUCUAUAAACCAGCGUCCGCUUUAGCUGGGAAUCACACCCCCCCAGAAUCGCAGGCAGGGAUCAGGCGCCCCAAAACUGCUCCGGCCAUAUUGAAUAAACCCAAGACUGAUACCCAGAGGCCAAAGACAGCCGGUGCUUCAUCAAGGCUGGUCAACUGUGAGCAGAUAGAAGCCAGACUCCGGGGGUCCCUCCAGAAGGUUUGGCAAAAGGUUCUACGAGCCUGCCGAGACCACGAUCCCGAGAGAACCGGGGAGAUCACCACUAACGACUUCUCAGGGGUUCUCAAGCAGUUUAACGCCGAGACCAACGAGGAGGAACUGGAACGACUGACCGUCAAGUACGAUUCGAGGAAUAACGGCAAGUUCUCCUACGCGGAUUUCUUCCGCAACAUCAUGCUGGGACCCAAGCCGCUAGAGAAGUCCCCGCUGCACAGGAUGAAGGUGCAGAAGACAAGGGUUCCUAUAAGUACAGGACCGGAUGGGCCGUGUUUCCUAAAUGCCAUGAUGAGAAUUCAGCCCAAGGUACUGGAUUGCUGGCGACCCAUGAGAAGAGCCUUCCUGUCUUUUGAUGAAGCGAGAACCGGCUUUAUAAGUGUGCAGGAAUUCAAACAGGUUUUACGGAAAUCGGGGCUAAAUCUAUCAGAAGACGAGUUCUUUCAUAUUCUGGGAUUCUUUGACAAAGACUUGAAAGCGAAGGUCUCAUAUAACGACUUCCUGAGAGCGUUCCUGCGAUAGAUCCGGAAACUCCUGGAAUCCUGUGGGUUUGACUGGCGGAUCAUUCGUUUAUGAUGUCAGCUGAUUUUUUAGUGUGGGUUUGAGAUUAGAUUCCCAUGAGCCUCUCUGCUGUGUAUUUAUUAUGGGCCCCUGGGCUGGAGACUGAUUGAUCACAUUAUCAUUAGGGUUAUAUUGCCUCCAACGGAACAGAUCUGGCACCGGUGACCCAAUUCUGUGGAAUAAGAACCCAUUAAAGUUUUCAAAUACACAAAGAA